UCAGUUUAGAAAGUUGGCACGUGCUUGGGUUAGGGUUUAGGGUUUAGGGACGAUGGGAAGAAGAAACGGUGGGAGGUCUCUGCAAGACACCCUCCGUCGUCGGCUUGAGUCAUGUAAGUCCAAAUACUCCACCGCCGAACAAAUCGCCAACCAUCUCCGCUCCACUUACCCCGACUACCACCGAACCAAGCACCAAACCCUAAUUCGUUUUGUUCAGGAAGCUCUUAACUCCACUCCCUCGCUCAACCAUUCUUCCGACGAUGACCAUGAAGCUCAGCCUCCAACCGCCUCUCGUAAGCGCCGGAAGAGAGUCGACCAAAGCGAGGAGAGGUUGCAGAGGAUCGAAGCCUUGCACGUGCGAAGGAGGCUGCAGACCGAUUCCUCUUCGGAGGAAGAAAACGUCUCGUCUUCCGAAGACGCGAUUUACGGGGAGAAGGUGGAGCCUCAGUUUGACUUGAUGAAGACAAUGCUGCGAAAGUCGUAUAUGCCGAAGAAGGAGAAGAACGUCGAGUUGGAGGUGGGGAAUAGCAAUAAGGGUACUGUGACUAGCACUCUUAUGAAUGAGGAAGGGAAGGAAGUCAGGGGUUCGGUUUCGAAUGUUGAUGUGAAGGGGAAUGAUUGGCCUAGGUUUAGGGAUUUGGGUGGGAUGAAGGAGGUCUUGGAGGAGCUGAAGAUGGAAGUGAUUGUGCCUUUGUAUCAUCCCCAAUUGCCUAGACAGUUGGGUGUGAGGCCGAUGGCUGGCAUUUUGUUGCAUGGACCACCUGGUUGUGGGAAGACUAAACUUGCACAUGCUAUAGCUAAUGAGACUGGUCUUCCUUUUUAUCAGAUUUCAGCUACCGAGGUGGUUUCUGGAGUCUCGGGUGCAUCGGAAGAAAAUAUUAGAGAGCUUUUCUCUAAAGCAUACAGGACUGCACCAUCAAUUGUCUUUAUUGAUGAGAUCGAUGCAAUUGCAUCAAAGAGAGAGGAUUUGCAACGUGAGAUGGAGAAACGAAUUGUGACACAAUUAAUGACUUGCAUGGAUCAAUCAAAUAGGCUUCUUCAGCCAGAAAAUGAGUCAGAGGGUUCUGAUGGUCAACAUCCUGGCUAUGUUCUUGUAAUUGGAGCUACAAAUAGGCCUGAUGCUAUUGACCCUGCCCUGAGAAGGCCUGGUCGGUUUGAUCGUGAGAUUAUUAUUGGCAUUGCUGAUGAAUCUGCCAGGGAGGAGAUCCUUUCCACGCUUACUAACAAUCUUACAACUGAAGGUUUAUUUGAUCUACGGAAAAUAGCCAAGGAUACGGCAGGAUAUGUUGGUGCUGAUUUGGUGGCUCUUGUUAACAAGGCUGGUAAUCUGGCAAUGAAGAGAAUAAUUGUUGGAAGGAGACAUGAUUUAUCUCAAGAUCACAUGAACGAGCAUGCUGAAGACUGGUGGAGAGUACAUUGGUUGCCUGAAGAAAUAAAUAAGCUUGCCGUCAAAAUGUCUGAUUUUGAGGAAGCAGUCAACAUGGUGCAACCUUCGUUAAGAAGAGAUGGGUUCUCUCCUAUUCCUGAUGUGAAAUGGGAAGACGUAGGAGGGCUUGAUCUUUUAAGACAGGAGUUUGAACGUUAUAUUGUAAGGCGUAUAAAAUAUCCUGAAGAUUAUGAGGGACUUGGGAUAGAUCUCGAGAUGGGAUUUUUGCUUUAUGGACCUCCUGGUUGUGGUAAAACGCUGAUUGCCAAAGCUGUUGCCCAUGAGGCAGGGGCUAAUUUUAUUCAUGUUAAGGGACCUUCACUUCUAAAUAAAUAUGUUGGAGAAAGCGAACUUGCAGUUCGUAGAAUGUUUAGCGAUGCAAGGACAUGUGCACCUUGUAUAAUAUUUUUUGAUGAGGUGGAUGCUUUGACAACCACACGUGGUAAAGAAGGUGGUUGGGUUAUUGAACGACUGUUGAAUCAGUUGCUUAUUGAGUUAGAUGGCGCAGAGCGAAGACGGGGUGUUUUUGUGAUUGGUGCUACAAAUAGGCCUGAGGUGAUGGAUCGUGCUCUCCUACGGCCUGGUAGGUUUGGUAAGCUUCUUUAUGUUCCACUUCCAAGCCCGGAUGAGCGGGUUUUGAUAUUGAAAGCUCUUGCAAGGAAGAAGUGUAUUGAUGCCUCAGUAGACUUGAGUGCCAUAGCCAAAAUGGAAGCUUGUGAAAACCUAAGUGGCGCUGAUCUUUCUGCAUUGAUGAACGAGGCUGCAAUGGCUGUAAUUGAUGAGAAAGAAACCUUGACCGACUUAACGCACUAUACAAGGACCAUCAAGAGAAAUCAUUUUGAGGUAGCACUUAGGAAAGUCUCUCCGUCUGUGUCAGACAGGCAAAAACAGUACUAUCAGCGCUUGUCACAGAGCUUUAAAGCAGCAUGAGCAUGGCUUUGACUUUCUUUUAGCCGCUGAUGGAGUGAAAGAAAUCAUUUAUACAUCUUAAAGAGUACAUAUUUCCUGCAAUCAGGAUAUAAUUUUUGGCGAAUGCUUGUAAUUUAUUCUUCACUUUAUCCAUCAUAUUGCUUGAAUAUUUUUUAAACAAUGUAACUAAAAAUUAUUUUAUAUCUUUUGUAAACAAUUUUAUUAAAAUUUAUUUUUAUUAAUAAAGGUGAUCUGUGUUUUUUUUUUCCA